AUGCUUUGUGCUAUCUCUGGAGAGGCACCUCAAGUUCCCGUCGUCUCUCCCAAGAGCGGCAGCGUUUUUGAAAAGCGCCUUAUCGAGGCAUACAUUGCCGAGCAUGGCAAAGAUCCCGUAAACGGCGAAGAACUCAGCACCGAGGACCUAAUCGAUGUCAAGUCGCAGCGCGUUGUUCGGCCCCGACCUCCCACCUUGACCUCCAUUCCGUCUCUCCUCAGCAUUUUCCAGGAGGAAUGGGAUGCUCUUGCCCUUGAAACAUACACUCUACAGCAAAACCUGGCCCAGACGAGGCGCGAACUUAGCUCCGCACUUUAUCAGCAUGAUGCCGCGGUGCGAGUGAUCGCACGAUUGACAAAGGAGAGGAAUGAGGCCCGCGAGGCACUUUCGAACGUUUCCGUCGGAGCUACCCGUUCCGCCGGUGCUGGUGAUGCUAUGCAGGUCGACUCUACAGGCUUGCCCCAAGCAGUAUUGGAACGGGUCGAGAACACACAGGCAGCUCUCUCUAAGGGUCGGCGCAAGCGCGCAGUCCCCGAAGGCUGGGCCUCAGCUGAGGCUAUCUCCACAUUCAAACCAACUGAGUCCUCCGAUCCCCUUUACCCCGGUGGCCGCGCUCUGUCUGUCAACUCGACCGGUGACUUGGCUCUUGUUGGUGGUGUCGAUAGUGUGGUUGGUGUCUACUCUCUUUCGCAGAAGAGUGUGGUGCAGACUUUGAAGACAGACGGACCCGUCACCGAUGCGACAUGGGCUGGUGACAAGGCUGUUGUUGGAUCGUCCACCGGAUCUGUGAAGGUCUUUGAGAACGGGGCUGAAGUUGCUAGCUUUAACUCCCACGCUGGUGAGGUUACAGCCGUAGCUGUGCACGCGACUGGUGACGUUGUUGCCUCUGUCGGUGUUGACAAGAGCUACGUCCUCUACGACUUGGCUACCAACACCGUGGCUUCUCAGAUCUUUACUGACGCAGCUUUGCUGUCUGUCAACUUCCACCCAGAUGGUCACUUGAUCGCCGCUGGUGGUGCAGAUGGACAAGUCAAGAUCUUUGACGUUAAGACCGGCGUCGCAGCCGCAGACUAUGCCAUGUCUGGCCCAGUCAAGUGCUUGUUCUUCUCUGAGAACGGUACUUUCCUGGCCGCAGUGGCCGACAAAUCUACUACAGUCUCGAUUUGGGACCUGCGCACCUCCAAGGAAACCAAGGUAUUGGAUACUGGCAGCCAGAUCAGCUCUAUCUUCUGGGAUUACACUGGCCAAUUCCUCUUGACCGGUGGACCCAGCGGCGUCACCGUGCAGCAAUUCACUAAGGCCUCCAAGUCUUGGUCAGAGCCCUUCCGGAGCGCUGUCCCCGCUACUUCUGUGGCAUGGGGAUCUGCUGCUCAGAGCAUUGUAGCAUUGAAUGAGGGAGGCGCAGUCACAGUGUUGACGGCUCAGUCAUGA